UAUCUUCACAGACAUGUUUCCAUCAUCACUGAGCCGAUGUUAGCUGACUAGGCAGCUAACCAUGUCCGUGAUUCGAAACGUCGCCCACAGCAUUUCCUCUAGAACUCUUAGCGAUGUUUCGGAGAUCGACACGGUGCGUCUCUCUUUUGAUAUUGUAUCGGCUGCCAGAAGAAAUAUCGGCUUCUUGAGAGCUGUGAGUGAGUCUCAAUGGCUGCAUGACACUGCAACUGUUGUUGAAGCUAUACGAAGGUAUGAUGAGCUCUGGAUGCCGUUGAUUUCUGAUCUGAUGGUGGGGUCAACGCCUCCUAUGGUGCUUCCUCCUUUUGAUAUUGAGUGGGUUUGGUUUUGUCACACCUUGAAUCCGGUCAGUUACAGGCAAUACUGCGAGGCAAGGUUCUCAAAACUUAUAGGCAAGCCAGUGAUUUUUAAUGAAGAAAAUGAAGAGUAUGCAUUAAUGAGAUGCAAGGAGCUUUGGUUGCGUAGACACCCAACUGAAUGUUUCGAGAAUGAAGUAGAUUCAAGUUUACAAUCAGACUCGGUUGUUAAAAUAGAAGAUCUAUUCAAUGAAGUUAGGAAGCAAAGGUUUCUGUAUAGUAAAUUUUCAUGGCCAUACAUGAACGAGCUCGUGUACUUGAUAGCGUCCAGACAAAGGUACAAGGGAUUCUUGUAUGUGUUGCAGAGAUUCACAGAUGGGUAUUCUCGUAUUGUGCCUAGUUUGGACAUCAUGCUAAUGUGGAUGACACACCAUAGUUACCCAACUGUUUAUGCCGAGGAUAUGAAAGACAUAGAGGUUGAAAAGAUUGUGGGAAUGUGGGAGACUUUGAAAGAAAAAGAGGUGGAAGAGACAAAUAAAGCUUGGGAAAAUGCCUUUGAUCAACCUUAUGAGAAAGCUGGUGGGACCAUGGAGUUUCAUGGACUUGCCCCAAUUCAGCCGCCAGUUUACUGGGAGGUCUCUGAUACAGAUGUCAAUACCAAAUACAAGUCCUUGUUUCCAAGGUUCCUGCUGGAGGUAUGUAUUUUUGUGAGACUCAAAUCAACAGCAAGUCUGAGGGUAGUGGCAGAUGAUAAAAAACACAACUUUCUGCGUCUGCGAAUAUUAAGAUGCCACAGGGAGAUGAAGAUUGAUAAACCAAUUUCCGGUUUUUCCUUGGAUUCAUGGAAAAAAGUUUCACAAAUCUUUUGUGAGUUUGGCACAAGAGGAUUAAUGCUUGAGCUUCAUAAACAUGUUGGUGGGUGCUUUAAAACAAAGAAAGUAGAAAACACUGCUACAUUUCUUUGGAAUGAUUUACUAAGAGCACACUCUCUUACUUUGGAAAGAGAACUUGAUAAACAGAUGAGAGUUGUUGCUUCAAUAACACCACCGGUUCAAGCACCAUACUUACUGAAAUGUGUUCCAGACAGUGUCACAGAUGAUUCAGGGACUAUGGUCUCUGAUGUGAUUCUAAGAAUGAAUCAUUACAGGCCACAAGAGGGUAGGUGGCUAUCUCGCACUGUUCUUGAUCAUGCAGGGAGAGAGUGUUUUGUAGUUCGAAUAAGAGUGGGAGGAGGGUUUUGGAGGAGAGGAGGUGAAACGCCAUCAACUGUGAAAUGGGAGGAUAGGAUCACAGAGGUACGUGAAGGUUCUUGGUCAUAUGUGGCCGGUUCGAUUGGUAGAGCACCUGAGAAAGUAGUUGGAACAGCAACCCCGCAAGAGCCUCCGGAAAAUUGGCAAGCUUCUUGGAGUUUCUCUACAGGAGAAGAAUUUUUAGUAAGUUGGCAAUCACCAUCAACAUCAUUGUGUGACCUGAGGUUUUGUUUAAUAAAUCAAACAACUCCUGAUUCAACAUUGAAAUUGUUGAAAGGGAGGAAAAUGCAGUACAAAGUUGAGAAAAUUAGAUCAGAAAGUAAGGAACAAGAGAGGCAGAACAAGGAAAUAAACAGUGAGGAACAGGAAGAUGAAGAUGAGGAAGGUUUCGUGACGCUUGUUCGGUUCACGGACGAUAACCCAACUGGAAGAGCAACAGCUCUUCUCAAUUGGAAGUUACUGAUAAUUGAAUUAUUGCCUGAAGAGGAUGCAGGUUUAGCAAUUCUAAUAUGCAUUUCAAUCCUGAGAAGUGUAUCAGAAAUGAGGAAAGAAGAUGCGGGAAACUUACUGAUAAGAAGAAGAAUAAAAGAAACAAAACUUGGAACUAGAGAUUGGGGUUCCGUGAUACAUCAUCCGUCAUCAUCUUCAUCAUCUUCAUCAUCAAUUUCUUCAUCUCAUCUUGAGCCCUGGUAUUGGAAUCCCAAAGCUGUGGUUACAUCAGAUAGAGGGCCUAAUGCAGCAAGGCAACCUGCUCCUAAUUAUUCUCCAGUAGAAGGUGGCGAUAAGUUGUACAAGCGAGGGAUUAUCACGUAACACUGAUAACGCAAUUACUCUCUUCUCGGUUUUCCAAUACAGAAGAGCAGAAUGUCCACGCAGUUUGCAUACAGUACUCAAAAAAGUUUAGAAUUGUAUAAUGCUGGGGUGUGGACCCGUAAGUUCCUGUAUGAAUUUAGAAACAUGUCUUAAUCUUACAAUAUACGAAUGAUACAAGAGUUUUCUUGGUGUA